UGCUUAAUAUUAGGAUUUCGAACCCGAUCGAACGGUAAUUGUACUUGCACUUUAUGGAUUUCAUAGUACUUAGUUGUACCCAAGACUUUAAUAUGUUUUACGGCGUGACCGUGUUUGAGGGCAAAGCAAACAAAUGUUGGCAUUAGUAUCAAUAUCCAAAACAGAACAAAAACAACCCGAAGUUAGCACGAGGACGGAGCUGUAUCAAAGCAUCCUAAUUUUGGAUAGUUGAUCCGCCUAUAUAUUGAACGCGGGAAAUAUAACGCAAUUGAUGUAAACAGUACAGUGUUACGUCAUAUUCAGCGUCGUUAUUUAGCAAAUUUACAAACAUAGCGUCUGAACCACAACAACAAACAUGGCGUGAAUGGUGGAGUGAUUAUAUAUGAUUAAGAAAAUAAGAUUUACAUGCUUUUACGAAUUUUAUGUAACAUCUCAGAACGACGUGAACUAGGGUAAACGAGAUUCAAAAUGGAGAAAUACAUGUCCACGCGAUAGUAUUCGAAUUGACGCCAUUAGUACCAAAAUUUUCAAGUUCCAUAGUAUAGCUAGACUAUGGCAAAGCGGGUUCUUGUCACAGGCGCAUCAGGCCUCUUUGGAAGAGCUAUCUAUAAGGAAUUCUUGUCUGAUAACUCUUGGGAGACACUUGGUCUGGCUUUCAGCCGAGCGAAGGAAAGUUUAAAGAAACUAGACAUCACUGAUGAAAAUCAAGUCAAGGAAGUCAUCAACACUUUCAGACCCUCAGUAAUAAUCCACAGUGCUGCUGAGAGAAAGCCCGAUGCAGUGGAAAACGACCCUGAUGGAACAAAGAAGCUCAAUCUCUCUGCUACAGAUUACAUUUGUCAGGCUGCAAAAUCCGUUGGUGCCUGGGUUCUGUACAUCAGCACUGAUUAUGUGUUUGAUGGGAAAUCCCCUCCAUAUGAUGAAGAUGCAAAACCUAAUCCCCUCAACAAGUAUGGACAGAGUAAACUAGAGGGUGAAAAAAUUACAUUGGGAGCUUCUCCAGAGAACUCAGUUUUACGAGUGCCAAUCUUGUAUGGAGAUAUAGAGUACAUUGCAGAGAGUGCUGUUACAAUUCUGUUUGAGAAGAUUGUAAAAGGGUCUGAAUUGAUUGCAUCUGAUUAUGAAAAGAGAUACCCCACUCACUGUGAUGACAUAGCUUAUGUUAUUAGACAACUAGCAGAUAGGAGGCUUCAGGAUCCAGAAAAAGUUCAUGGAGUUUUCCACUGGUCAUCUAAUGAAGAAAUGACAAAAUAUGACAUGUCUAUUGCCAUGGCAUCAGCCUUUUCCCUGAGUACAGAAAACAUUAAAGCAGACAGGACUCCCUCUAAGGGAGCUCCCCGACCCUAUAACACACACUUAUCCUGCAAGAAGAUGGAAGCUCUAGUCUCUGGGAGGCAAACACCAUUUUCUGAGGGAAUAAAGACAGUCUUGCAGCCAUAUUUUAAUAAGUAGAUAGGAAUAUUGCUGUUUAAAAUAAAUGCAUUUAACUUAAAUGAGUGCUGACGUAGUUUUAAUGGCUUGCUCUGCUGUUCUUUGAUAUUUUAAUAUUGUGGGUUUCAAAAUGUAAACUGUCAAUGUAUAAUAUGCAAUGAAAACAAAUAUAAUAGUGUUUUGAAUUCUAUAUUACAAGUAUCUAUGAUGAACACUUUUUGGGAAACAGUCUAUGGUAAUAUACAAUAAAACAUUACAAACUC